AUGGGAGCCUCCGCGCAAGCAAACAUAGCAGCUGCGCCCAUAGUGGUUUCUGCGAGCGGGACGGCAAUGAUGGGUCCGUGGUCUCCACUCGACAUCCACGUUGGCAGCACUCCUCAGCCUGUUCGAGUCUUGAUUUCAACCGCCGUAGGACAGAACUUCGUCAUCUCCGCGAAAAAAUCUCAAGGGGGCUACAUCGGUGCUGACCCUCCGACCUGCUCACAGUCACGAGAUGAGCUGUUCAACCUCGAUGCAUCGAGCACUUGGCAUGACCAAGGAAUAUACGGUCUUGGUCUCAAACGAAAGCUUCCGGACUAUCAAGACGAGUACGACAGUGGCGACUCUGGCUUCGACGCCUUGAGUUUCGGCUCGGCAGGCUCUUCCAGUGUCAGAUUUGGUGCUCAGGCAUUGGCUGCCUUAGCCACGAAAAGUUACUACCUCGGCAUGCUACGUGUUAAUCCGCAUCCCACCAACUUCACCACAUCCGACGAGCCGCAGAAGACAACGUCAAUGCCAUAUCGUCACCAGCGCAAAUCGUGGCGAUUGCUCCAGUCAACGGUAUAUCCGGAUAGGCAACGGCCACAGGCACUAUUACACCACACCCAGGUCUCAAAAUCUCGACUGGAGCGAUUCCAGGCAUCGUCAUGUCUGCCGCCUUUCUUCGCAUCAUCGCAGCGAGCACGUCUUUUGGCAUUGCACGAAAACGCCGCAGAAAGAAGAGAAAAGCGGACUCAAAAAACAGAAAAAGACGUCGACCCUUUCAACAGGCCGAACUGGACGGGAAGGGCAAAGCCCGAAGUAGACCUUUCAUCAAAGACGGAGAUGCAAGGCGGUGAUGUCUGCCUAUCAGCGUUCGACAAACAAAGGACCGAAGGCGAAGGGAGCAACGUAAGUGCUGAACUGAAAGGAGAUGCGCUUGUCGCGGUGGACGUGUGCACGAGACCAGUAGAACUGGCCGAGUUGGAUUAA